AUGUCGACCACAUCGAACCGUUCACCCAGACGUCUGCCAGGCGUUCGGCAGACCUCAUCAUCUCAGUCCCAUUUUGGAUCUGCCUCGCUCUCGGCAUCCAGUUCUCGUCCGUUCCUCAACAUGAUGAACCCUAUGGCCCGACAGUACCAGGGGUAUACGAGGGCCAACGAAUCAGUGGUUGAGGAAGAAGAGACUAGCGGCAGCGGGGAGGACUUGGAGAUGAAUGCAAACCAAACUCCUGACGCGGCCUCCACAUCACGGUCAAAGGGAAAGCGAAGGGUCUCGUGGGAUGCUGGGACCUCGCAGAUGAACGUGCUACAUCCGAAUAUUCACAAGGAAGAUAAGAUGAAUGAACACAGCGGCGAAUCUUCCGAUGAUGAAGUCCCCCAGAGUUUCAUGAUCGAGGCCUCGAGCAAGGCUCCAGCCAAAUCAAGAAUGAGGGACUCCGCCGCCACGAUUGGGAGAAGUCGGCCACUACACUCGGGGCCUAGCAGACAUACAGGACCGAUAUUACCUGUGACGUCGGCGACAUCGGGGACUUCAAUACCUCCUAGGCCGUCUGAGAUUGACCCUCCACCAAGCACUUACGCGCAGCAAAGGUCGUCUAGUACACGAGGCGUGCAGCCGAACCCAAUGCGCGGCUUAGACGCAUACGAACGCGCACUGUGGAACUGGGUUAACGUCUAUAGCUUGGACGCAUUCUUGCAAGAAGUCUAUUACUACUAUGAGGGGAAGGGGAUAUACAGUAUUGCACUGUCUCGGGGGCUGAACCUGCUAACAGUGGGCUUUGUCAUUGGCUUUUCGACCUUCUUGCUCGGGUGCAUUGAUUAUUCUAUAAUACGCCAUGGAAAUCCGACGAGAUUGUCUGAGGCCGUAAUAGACCAUUGUGUGUCCCGCUUCUCCGGGUUCACCUUGCUCUUCUUCAUUUUAUUCGCUGCUUUCUACCUGUGGCAAAUCUUGCAAUUUAUACUAGACGUCGUACGGUUAAACGAUAUGUACAACUUUUACACGUAUCUGUUGAAGAUUCCAGACGCCGACAUCCAAACGAUAUCUUGGUCGGAAAUUGUUCGUCGUAUUGGAGCGAUCCGUGAAGAGAACCCCAUGUUAGCAAUAUCCUCCAAGGCCCGGCGUAGCACGAAUAAUACAUCCACCGCGAAGCUUGACGCGCACGAUAUCGCUAAUCGCAUAAUGCGGCAAGAGAACUACUUGAUUGCACUAUUCAACAAGGAGUUGCUGGAUCUUAGAGUACCCUUGCCGGACAUCAUGAAGCGCUUUGGGAUGGGUGAAGAAGGCAAAGGUCGUGUCCUCACUAAGGCUUUGGAAUGGAACCUGCGUUUCUGUUUGAUGGAGUAUCUGUUCGACCGUAGGGGAAGGGUGAGGAAGAUGUUUCUCAAAUCGGCGAAUCGUGCAACGUUGGUUGAAGGGCUGAGACGCCGAUUUAUCUUCAUGGGUAUCCUUAACGCUAUCUUUGCACCGUUCAUCGUCCCCUAUCUUCUCAUGUACUCGUUCUUCCGGUACUUCGAGGAAUACCACAAGAAUCCCUCGUCUAUUGGCGGCCGCAGAUAUACGUCGUUCGCUCAAUGGAAGUUUCGAGAGUUCAACGAAUUACCCCAUUUCUUCAUUCGACGCCUUGACGAAAGCUAUCCCAUCGCCAGCAUGUACAUAGGACAGUUUCCGAACGAGAAGCUGACGAUCAUUAUGCGCUUCGUCGCCUUCGUCGCUGGUUCAUUCGCAGCCGUUCUGCUUCUUGCAACGGUGAUUGAUCCGGACCUGUUCGUUCACUUCGAAAUAACGCCCCAUCGGACUGUGUUGUUCUAUCUUGGUAUCUUUGGGUCGGUUUUGGCUGUAGCGAGAGGGAUGAUUCCGGAGGAGAACCGAGUGUUCGAUCCAGAGUUGUUGAUGACGGAAGUGAUUGAGUACACUCACUACAUGCCGGACAACUGGAAGGGGGAGUUGCAUAGCAAGAAGGUACAUCAAGAAUUCGGCGAGCUAUUCGCGAUGAAGAUCUUGAUAUUCGCUCAGGAGAUACUCUCUGUUAUCUUGACACCUUUUGUGUUGUGGCUUUCACUCCCUGCCUGCGCACCUGCCAUCAUAGACUUUUUCCGCGAAUUCACAGUUCAUGUCGAUGGAAGAGGGUUCGUAUGUAGCUUCGCCGAGUUUGACUUCGAACGUCAUGGCAAUGUUAAAUUCGGUGCACCCACGAAGAAGCGAGACAAGCGAUGGAUAUCCAACGAGGGCAAGAUGGAGAAGAGUUUCCUCAACUUCAAGGCAACACAUCCAGAGUGGAACCCCACAGAUCCUUCUGGCUCUCUUUAUCUCAGUCGCAUGGCUGAGUACAGUAUGAAUCGCCCACACAACACCCAACUUCGUCGACGCGCCGUUGGCCUCGAAACUAGCACGCUUCUUACGCCUACGCCAGAGCGUCAAGGAGAAACCUCUUCCCUCGCCGAUCGGGCGCAAGAGUACGAUCGUGCUCUGCUGCAGAGCCAAAUGGCAGCAUCGCGCCGUAAACCCAGCGGGAGCAUCCUUAUGGACCCUGCUGCUUCGUCAUUUGUGGGCGGGAUGAACAUGGCGCAAACUGCGGUCCUUGGCGAUUCGCAAGGUAGCGUUCAUUUACCGGAGGUCCGAGGGAAUGUUCCUUCGAGCACGAAUGCUAUGGAAGAAGAGGACCUAGAUGCCGUGUCGGGUAGUGGCCUGGGUGGCUCGUAUGUUGAUGGCGCGAGGAGGGCGCGGAGAGAUGAUGCAGAGGAGGAAGACGAAGACGACCUUGAUGGUGGUGUCUUAGGACUACUGGCCGAGAUCUACGGGCGCAGGGAGGGACCUGCCAGAGCCAUCUAG